GAGUACGGAAAUACCUCUCUAGCUUUCCGAAGCGGCACUUGGUUAUUUUCGCAUCCGUGCGAAAUCCCGAACGAACGAGCGGAGAGAGCCGCGUCGCCAUCUUUAGGAACGGUACCGACUGCCUCCGCUACCGCCGCCUGUCCCGUUCUAAGAGGGCAAAGUCAAUCCGCGAGUAUAGUAAAACAAUUAGUGUAUUUAGUGCGAUAGCGCGUACAGUAAUUCCCCUAUCGCGAGGAGACGCGAAACAUAACCGUACGCGAUGUUCAUUUAAUACGGGACGGAGUCAAAGUUUUUUGCGCGCGUGUGUGUGUCCCGUGUAAGUUCAGCAGACGACGUUUCGUAAGAGUUGGAGGGUUGGGAACGAACAAAAAUCAAAACGUCGUUCUCUCGCUCGUACGACCCUCGUUCAAGCAUCGCGACUACGACCGUAAAUUCAGUCGCACGGCACGUUCCGCUGCGAAUCAACCAGUGUGUAGUGUUUUGAUCUGCCGAACCGUGUGGGACAGGCACGUCAAUGGUAGUCGUGGCAGAUGUACGCGGCUACGAAUUAAGACAGGAGUAGAAAAGAAAGGGGGAGGAAGGGAAAGAUUGAGACGGGUGUAGAGAAACGACACCAACGACAGAGACCAGUACAAUUGACAGGAAAGAUGGCGCGAGGUGUGGACGAGGAUUAAUGCUGACCCAUUUUUCCGCGCGAAAUCGCUCGGUCUAAGUUUCUCGUGCGAUUCGAGGUAACCGCGAAGGUUCCAAUUCCUCGUUCGCGAGGGUACGGGUACCUGACGUGUGAUUCGAACUGAACCAAGUAAAUAGUAAGCAAAGGGAUACUCCGCUUUCGGUAGGAGUGUAUUCACCGUGCGGUGCGCGCGUGUGCCCUGUUUCUUGCGUAAGUGUGAGUGCCCCUUUCGACGUGUGCGGGUUUCCGUAGAGUCGGCAUUGGCGUGACAUCGUGCCCUGACUGUCAUCGACGUAACGAGAGAACGGUAAAAGACAAAAAAAAAAAAAAGGGUGUCGAAAAAGUAACGAAAUACCGGUGCUGGUGGUACCGAUAAGUGUACGCGGAAGAUAGCAAAAUUUCUGAAGAGGCCAGUGGUUCGCGGGGCCUUGAUAGGCUCGGCUCCCGUAGAAGACCAACGAAGACGAAGACGCUGUCUUCGGUAAUUUCACGAGCUGCGUAGAGCCCUGGCCGGCUCGGAUAUCAUCGCAGCUGCUAAGAUGGGCAACAAUGCCGCGACCGCGAACAAAAAGGUUGACGCUGCCGAGAGCGUCAAGCAGUUCCUCGACAAGGCAAAGAAGGAGUUCGAGGAUAAGUGGCAGAAGAACCCGACGAACACCGCCGGUCUCGAUGACUUUGAGCGUAUCAAGACUCUCGGUACCGGCUCGUUCGGUCGUGUCAUGAUAGUCCAACACAAACCGACCAAAGAGUAUUACGCCAUGAAGAUACUCGACAAGCAAAAGGUCGUGAAACUCAAGCAAGUCGAACACACGCUCAACGAAAAGAGAAUACUGCAGGCGAUCAGCUUCCCGUUUCUGGUAUCGCUACGGUUUCACUUCAAGGAUAAUUCCUAUCUGUACAUGGUACUCGAAUACGUACCCGGUGGCGAGAUGUUUAGCCAUCUCCGCAAGGUCGGCCGUUUCUCCGAACCACACUCGCGUUUUUACGCGGCGCAAAUCGUCCUAGCGUUCGAGUAUCUACAUUACCUCAACAUAAUCUAUAGGGACUUGAAGCCGGAGAAUCUGCUGAUCGAUUCGCAGGGUUACCUGAAAGUCACCGAUUUCGGUUUCGCCAAAAACGUGCAGGGCAGAACAUGGACCUUGUGCGGAACGCCCGAGUAUCUCGCGCCCGAAAUAAUCCUAAGCAAAGGUUACAACAAGGCCGUGGACUGGUGGGCGCUAGGUGUCCUCGUUUACGAGAUGGCUGCCGGUUAUCCGCCAUUUUUCGCCGAUCAACCGAUCCUCAUCUACGAGAAGAUCGUCGGCGGCAAGACGCGAUUCCCCACGCAUUUCGGUUCCGAUCUGAAGGACUUGCUCCGCAAUUUGCUGCAAGUCGAUCUCACCAAGAGGUACGGUAACCUGAAGGCCGGCGUGAACGACAUCAAGGGUCACAAGUGGUUCGCCCAUACCGAUUGGAUAGCAGUCUUCCAAAAGAAAAUAGAGGCGCCGUUCAUACCCAAGUGCAAGGGUCCCGGGGACACGAGCAACUUCGACGACUACGAGGAGGAGACGCUCAGGAUUUCGUUGACGGAGAAGUGCGCCAAGGAAUUCGCCGAAUUCUGAAUUUCCCAUCCGGAUAGAAGAUGGAUACACGUGUCGCGUAUUUAUUCAUACGCGAUGGUUCGUCACUCGUUGGUCGCUUUUCGGUCGAGAGAAAGAGAUAGAUGAAGUAAGAUGAAAUUAUUGGAUGGAGAGGGAGCGAACGAGAGAGUGAAAAAAAGAGUGAGUGAGAGCUGGCGAGGAGAGCGAAAGUGUAAGUAAGGUUAUGUAUGUAUGCAUGCAAGCGGGAAAGAAAGGAAAUACGGGUAUGAGUGAGCGCGAAUUGCAUGAUUGCGUGCGUGGUUCGGGAAAGCUCGCAGGCGAAGAUAGAAUUCAAGAUUUCGCCAGGGAUUUUUUUUUGG